AUGAUUUAUAAAAAAGAAUUAAAUUCAAAUAAAAAAUAUUAUAUUCCAAAACGUAUUAUUGUUGCUAUAUUAACAUCAUUUGGUUUACUUAUUUCAACUGUUAUUCAAACAAAUUUUGCAAUAACUAAUUCAUUAAUAUUAAAUCCACAUUAUUCAAAAGAUAUUCCUAUUGAUGAUUAUCAAUUACCAAAUAAGUCACUAAAACUUAAUUGGACAUCAGUUCAAUUAGGUUAUCUUAACUCAAUUUUUUAUCUUGGAUAUCUUUUAGUACAUAUUCCAGCUGGUUUUCUUGUUCAUAAAUUAUCGGCAACAAAAAUAUUUCUAUUUCCAUUAUUAAUAUUAUUUAUAUUAAAUAUGUUAAUGCCAAUAUCAAUAAGUACAAUAACAUCAAAAAACAAUUUAAAUUAUUAUAUAACUGGUCUUGUUCGAUUAAUUCAAGGAUUAUGCGCAGGUUGUGCUUUUCCAUCAUCACAUGGUAUUCUUGCUAAUUGGUGUCCACCAAGUGAACGUGGAAGAAUGGGCGGUUUUAUUUAUACAGGUCUUUACGCAGGUCCAGUUGUUGGAUUUUUCUUAGGAGGAUUUAUAGCUAAAUAUGCCGGACAUUAUUCGAUUUAUUAUGCAUCAGCUAUUCUUGGUUUAAUAUGGUCAUUAUUAUUUGUUUAUCUUAUAUAUGAAAAUCCUCGUGAACAUCCAACAAUAUGUGACGAAGAACUUUUUUAUAUAGAAAAAAGUAUAGCUGAUGUUAAAUAUAUAUAUAAUGAAAAAGAAACGAAUUCAAUUCGUAAAGUUCCAUGGAAAAUAAUCUUAAUAUCAUUACCAGUUUGGGCAAUAUGUUUAGCACAUUUUGCACGUGGAUGGACAUUUUAUUUAUUAUUAACAAAUCAACCAGCUUUUUUAAAUGCAUUUGGAUUUGGUGUUACACAAAAUGGUACACUUGGCUCAUUACCACAUAUAAUGAAAGUUCUUAUUGCUUUAUUAAGUGGAUU